UAACAAAGUUGAUAAUAUAUAGGGCAUUUAACCUUAGCCUCACUCACUCAAAAUGAUGAACCUGAAUAACAUACUUUCUCACUCAUAAGUUCCCUUCCCACAAAUAGAAUUUUCAUUUCCCCUACUUGUUGGGUUAAUGGCUGCCUCAGCUUUGUCACUAACAUCCCCAUUCCACCUCAGAAAACCCCACAACGGGAUUUCACCUUCCAAUGCCCAUCCUCUAAUCCAAAGGGGCAAACUUUCUCUUAAACCAAACUUCUUCUCAACCCUUCAUGCUUCCCCUUAUUUCAGGCACCCUUUUCCAAUUGCUCCAUUUUCACCGACCCAAACAAGAGCUUCUUCUGAUGAAGGCUUUGACCCUGCUGAUGAAGCCGAAAGGUUUUUGCUUUCUGAGGAAAAGCCAGUCAAAUUCGCUUUGUGGGUCCUGUUAUGGGCCUCUCUUUCACUGGCUUGGUUUGCUGUUUCGAGGGAUGCUAAUGCUGCUGUUGAUUCCAUCAAAGCCUCUGGCUUUGGCCUCAACAUUGCCAAUUCGUUGAGGAAAUUGGGUUGGCCUGAUGGGGUUGUGGUGUUCACCCUUGCCACUCUUCCUGUGCUUGAGCUUCGUGGGGCUAUACCCGUUGGUUAUUGGAUGCAACUCAACCCAACCACUUUAACACUGUUAUCCAUUCUGGGAAAAAAAACACAGUUUCUAAGGCUGGUUCAUCAAGAGACAAUAGACAACACCAAUUCAAGAAGUCCAACCCCAUCAUCAAAUGGAUGGAACAUGGUCCCUGUGCCAUUCAUCGUGCUCUACCUGAAAAGAUUUGCAUCUUUCCUUGCUUCGAGGAGCUCUUCUGCAUCGCGAAUCCUUGACAUGCUGUUUGAGAAUGCCAAGGAGAAGGCUGGUCCAGUGGAGGAGUUUCAGUGGCUUGGUCUGAUGUUGUUUGUGGCUGUUCCUUUUCCUGGGACAGGAGCUUGGACUGGAGCCUUUAUAGCAUCCAUUCUUGAUAUGCCAUUUUGGGAGGCCGUAUCUGCUAAUUUCUUUGGUGUUGUAUUUGCUGGGUUGCUGGUAAAUUUGCUAGUGAACCUUGGUAUGAAGUAUGCUAUCAUUACUGGUGUCAUCCUUUUCAUUGUUUCCACAUUCAUGUGGAGCAUCCUUAGAAAUCUUAGAAAAGGUUUGAGUUCGUCAAAUUGACGUGAAAUGUCUGAUUUUCCUUUAGUAACACAAAGACAAGUGUUAAAGUUUAGUUGUUCUUUUUCUUGGUUUUCAUUUGCUUAUGUUUUCAUAAUAGAGCAUCCUAGUUCAAUGAUAUGUAAAAAUGACUUUUUUGUAUAUACCCUUUUUCUGAUUUUAUAAAGCUAAGAGCCACUGAUAUCCCUUGUUGCAGAGAA